GCCAGCGUAGCGGUAACGUCGUAACGCUCUGCGCUUGAAUACGUAGCACGGUUACAAUGGACUUAUUCCUUCAUGUUUAAUUAAAAACUUUGUUGUUGUGCAAGGACACUAUUUUCAUUUAAAACGUGGAUGCCAAUUUCUUGCAGGUAAAACGAAGAUGAAAAUAAAAACGAGUCAUGAGACGCAUCAGUCACGUUCGGUAGUCGAUUUCAGAAUUCACACCUCGGCAGUAUUCAAGUGAAACCACGGACACAUGUAAAAUAGACAGCGAUGGCUUGUAAAUUGAUACACGUGCUAACCCUAGCGUUGGCAAUACACGUAAUUGGUGCAACAAGACUGAUGUGCCCAAGUCACCCUAACUGCGUUUGCGGCGGCACGUUCGCUGUUGAACUCAAUUGCGACAUCGACGGUAACGUCGUAAAGAUAAACCUCCUACCGAAUACGUACAUAAAUGUAAAAUGUGAAAAUGUUACGACGUUAGAUUAUAGUAAGCUACCAAAAUGUGCCAAUGAAAUGAAUAAUUUUAAAUCUGUCAGUUUCAAAGACUGUCCACUACCAACGUCGUCUUUUAAAGAUGUUUUGGAACAACUUGGAGUAUCUAAAACUAUGUCAUUGAUAUUUCAAAAUGCGAAGAACCUCUCCGGGUAUUUCGACAGAAAACAUUUCUCUGGGCUUCGGGAUCUGACAAAGCUAUUACUGUCCGUGAGUGGGAUCACUCACCUCCCGGAUAAUCUGUUUACGGAUGUGAAUAAUUUAACAUGGCUCAACAUACGAUGUAACAGCAUCAACAUUUCCGAGCAGCUAUUCAAACCACUUGAAAGAUUAGAAACAUUAGAAAUAAGUCACAACCAAAUGACUAAUAUGUCUUCAAAUCUAUUUUCCCAUUUGGCAUUUUUAAGAAAACUGUCACUAUGGCAAAGUAACGUUACUUGGUUCUCCAAAGACUUUUUCUCCGGCGUAAACGUGCUUGAAGAAUUAGAUCUUAGUUCUAAUGGACUUAACGAACUUCCUACGCUUAUUUUUAAACCACUGAGCAAGUUGAGAAAGCUCACGUUGUUCUCCAACAAGUUUUCGUCUCUGCCACAAAAUCUAUUCUCGACAAACAAUAACUUGGAGACGGUAAUAAUUCUUAACAAUGAUGUUAAAAUGAAAGAACUUCCUCGAAGUUUAUUUGGCAAUUUGCAAAAUCUGAAACAAAUUUAUAUACAACGAUGCGGAAUAGAAAUAGUCCCCUACGACGUUUUUGGAAAUUCAUCACAAAUAACAAACAUAUCCUUAGCAUACAAUGACAUCGGAACAUUACGAGAAUCGACAUUUAACGAUCAAAUAAAUUUGCUUGAACUCGAUUUAAGUCACAAUAACUUGAGAAACUUAGAAUCGAAGCUAUUUUCCUCAUUGGUGAGAUUGGAAAAAUUGGACUUAGCCUAUAAUUCCAUUGAAGAAAUUUCCGGAUCGACAUUUUCUUCAUUGUUAAGCCUUAUAUACUUAAAUAUGGAACACAAUAAAUUGAAGACAAUAUCGUCUUAUUUAUUCAGUAACAAUAGGCAAAGAAUGACAAUAUCCUUUGCGUACAACGAGCUAGACUUCGAGACUAAGGAACUACAUAAUAAUUCUUGGACUGUAAAUAAAAUAUCUCCAUUUCUACAUACAUAUAGUUUGAAGCUACUCAAUUUGAGUCACAAUAAAUUUGAAGUCACUUACGAUGAUUGGUGGAUUAACGGACAUGAACAUUUGGAUAUCAGUUACAAUUCUAUCCAAAGUCUAUGGAAUCACGCACCCUACAGCUAUAAAAGUGUUGUAAAAAAACCUAUGAAACAAGUGUGGAUAGGACACAACCCUCUUCAUUGUUAUUGUAAAAAUUUUAAAUUUCUGGACUUUCUAAAGGAACAUUUUAAAAUACAGGUAAAGGACGAAAGUACUAUGCAUUGUUCAAUUUGGAAAAAAGAGGCUUGCAACAUGCGCUUCACGAUAUUUGUGUGUUUUAUUUCUAUAUCCGCAUCAGUAUCUACAAUUCUUAUGCUAUUCUAUUUAAAAUAUAGAAAGCAGUUGCAUUCCAUGAUAAAAAACAAGCUUUUCAAUUUGUCCCAUCCUAGAGAAAAGAAAGAAAAAGAACGAAGCGUUAUUAUUAAAUACUCAGAAAAGGAUGAAGAAUUUGUUUUUAAAGAGAUUCUGCCCGGCUUACGUGUGCAUAAAAAUCUUAGGGUUCACACGAAACCUAUAGCUAGUGACAGCAAUAAAGAAAAUUUUAUCAAGCACCUAAAAAAUAGUUCAAAAGAGGGAGAGACAACACUCGUUAUUUUUUCACCCAACUACUUAAUGUCAGCUUAUAGUCACGUAAAUAUAAAGAAAAUACGCGGCGAAAUGUUAAAAGCGAAAAAGACGGUUUAUGUAUUUACCGACAUGGCUACGGAAAAUUCGAUUUACGCCUUCUUAAAGGAGCAAAGGGAUAGACGAACUACAAUACUUUGGAAUAACCCAAACUUUUGGAACAUUCUAUUGCCCGUGCUAUCGAAAGAGAAAUACAAAAUGACGUUUCGAGGUAAGGACGGAGUGAAGCAACGCGAAGAAAUUGACGCACCUAAAACGACCACUACUAAAAAUUCCGCAGGUGUAUCGGACCGACCCACAGACCCUUUAGAUACCUUUUUGCACUAUCAAGUUUAGUUACUCUCAUUUACUUUAGUGAGGUAAAGACUGACUUCUUCACCAUCUUUAUAUUCACUUUCCGUAGUUUAAAAUCACUUAAUUAUUUUGUUAUAACCUAGCUGUAUGUAAUGUUUUCGAGAUAAUAGUGUAAAUUUUUAUAAGAAACUAGUUUAUACAGACUAAGGUAAGUUAGGGUGUAAAUUAUUGCUAAUUAUUUAAUGUGUACUCAUUACUGUGUGGGUAAACCUACAACUAUUUACCGAACUUCAAAGAAGUUUUGAUGCGUACUCGAAGUGUAAUCAUUUGUUUUAUGUCAAUGUAAAUAUUAUUAUACGCAUUUAGAAACGAUUAAGUUUCAAGGAAACUGUAUGUUGUUAAUUCUAAGCUGCAGCUUAAAU